AUGAAUAUGUUGGAUGAUGAAGAUGACCAAAGCUUUCACGCUACGCGUGACGGCUACUCCCAUUUGAGCGACGUCGAAUGGGAUGCGGUUGAACGAACGGGUUCGACCAUGGGCAUCCAUGCUGUCAGCGUCAUGCUAGAGGCUCUCAAUAGAGAUGCCCAACAUGCUACUAUCGCCAAGUUCAUUCAAAAUGAACUUGACGCUGAACGCGAGAAAGUAGCCUUGCUUCACCAACAAGGUUCUCAACAAGCAGAGUUGUUGAGAGAACAGGGUGCUCAACAGUUUGAACUGUUGAGACAGCAGCAGGCUGCUGCUGGUGGGUCGAUGCAUUCGCGUCGACCCGAAACCUUGAAGAUUGACAUCUCCAAGUAUAGGGGAGUCGAAGAGGACUCCCUCCUGAGAUGGUUCGUCGGAUUAGACGACGCCAUAAGAGCGCGUCGCAUCGACGACAGGGGAAGUGCAAGUUGCAUUUGCCCGAUCAAAUCUGACAGGACGUGCUAA